AUGUGCACUUGGGAGCCUUGUUCGCGAUCUUCGGUCAUGUUGCCGGCAGGACACAGGCUACACCCAGCAAGCCGGAGCGCAUGCAAUGGAGCUGCAUCGUACAGACCCAGCCUCCAGAGUCUCCACCCGGUCUUCACCGCGCAGGUGACGUCGUCCCCUAGACAUGGCAAAGCUCUGGAAGCUUCCUUUGCUUGGUCCAUUGCUGGAUCGUUGGGUGCCCUUGGAUGCUCAUCACGCAUCUUUACACGAGCGCAGGGGUCUGGAGGCCAUCGGAGGCGAAGUCUGGAGGGGAUCCCACUCCUGAGCCAGCUUCGAGACCUUUGGCGUCGGAAGCUUUUCGUUUCCGCCGCACUGGCUCUGCUCAUGGGCUUGCUGUGGGUCUGUCAGGGCGUCCAGGGGUGGCAGAACCUCAAGGCCUUCAAUGCGACGUUGCCCUGGUACAAGAGGCUGCCCAGCUCUACAGCCUUGGAGAGUUGGAUGCUGGGCACGCAUGUGGCUGUGAGGGGCCAGAGGGCUCCCAUCACUUGGAGCACCCUGCAAGGGGAUUUCGGCAUGGAUGCCGCCUUGGUGGCCAGGGGACAGUUGCACCGGCUCCUCACUGCAUGCUUCCUUCAUCACAACGUCUUCCACAUCUUGUUCAACCUGGGCUUUCUGUAUACCCUGGCUCCUUUGGAGGUGGGCUGCCGCGGAGCCUUUUUGACCACCUUCUUGCUCGCGGGCAUUGCGGGGAACUGGGCCUUCUUGCAAUAUGGCACGGCUCGCUAUGCUGUUGGGGCCUCUGGUGGACUUUGUGGCCUCAUGGGCUUCGAGCUGGUGUCCCUCCUCCGGAACCGAAGAGUGCGUGAGUUCAAGGCGCUGCUGCGGUCACUCUUUGGUAUGCUUGUCAUGGGCGCCAUCCUCCCAGGUGUCGCCAAUGAGGCACAUCUUGGGGGUCUCCUUGCUGGAGUCCUCGUCUCCUUGGCCGUCUCCCGACGCAGCGGUUACCGCGGUGCCUUGCUGCCGUGGCCAGUGGUCGUAGGGCUCCUCCUUCUACCACCCUUUGGCCGCCGCUUCCUGUCCUCCCUUCUCCAAGGCCUCUGUGUUGGCAUCCGGCGCCCAGGCGUUUUGUCAAGGGGUUUGGUCUCGUGA